AUGUGUAAAAAAUUAUUGGGCCUGUUACUGUUAUUGGCAAUCGCAAAUUCGAAUCCGUUGCAUUCCUAUGCUCCAGCUCAUGAUGAUUACAAACCAACUGACUAUAGUUUUAGUUAUGGAGUAAAAGAUUACCACACAGGGGAUAUUAAACACCAAUGGGAGAAAAAAGAUGGAAAUAAAAUAACAGGCCAUUACUCCCUUGUCGAACCAGAUGGUUCAAUUAGAACCGUAGAAUACAGCGCGGACGAACACAGUGGCUUUAAUGCCGUUGUCAAACACACAGGUUCUUUUAAACAUCCAAUCACCCACAUACAUUCAAAAGUUGAACCAUCUAGUCACAAUGAGUUAAUUUUGCACCAGGGCUACGAGGGUCAGAAAUUACACCAGGAACCUAAAGAUCCAGAGUACAAUGUACAAUAUAAGUAUAUUUAUCCAGAACAAGAAGAAGCUAAAUAUGAAGCUGAAGCUUCAAGUCACCAAGCACAAGAAGAUUUGGUCAAACAAAAUUAUGCGUACAUUCACCAGGAAGAAAGUGUAGAAGAAUCACAGCAUACGCCAGUUAAAACCAAGCACCGCUAUAAAUCUCAAAAUCCGAACGCAAUAAAAUCCCAGUUAUCUAUUAAAGAAGAAUAUGAAAACUUAGUUCCGGAACUACCAAUUGACUUAAGUGUAAUUAAAGGUAGCCAUGUAGAGCCUGUCGAUAUUAGCGUUCUUAAUCCUGUAGAGAUUAACCUUAAAAAUCCAGAGGAAAGUAAGCAUUUUCAAUCAUACAAAUACUCAUCCAAAGACGUAUCUGUACAGCCUUCACAUGAACUAACUGAAGCAGAAAUCAGGAAGUACCUUCAAGAUUAUUAUCAACAAAAUAACGAUGUACCUAGUGAUCCUCAUGUAGAAACUGGAUUUAAACCUAUUAAAUCCAAAUCUAAAGACAGCAUCACACAACCAAAUAUUCCAGGGACGUUUACGUCUAACAAAAAACCCAAAACAACUCCAGGUUUAAGUACCUACAAUACCAAGGGUGUCCAGCGUACAAAACAUACGAGAAGGAAACCUAAAGUGACUCCCAAUUAUUUUCAGACUACUGCUGUCCAAGCACCAAGCUUUCAUUAUUACUUCCCACCUGAAGAAGCCGCACCAGGAAAGGAUAGUAUAGAUGUAACUAGGUUAUAUCGUUCUUUACCUAAUCGUGGGUAUGUCAGAUAUGCUAAAAAUGUUCAGUAUCAGCAAUAA